UUGUCGUCUUUCACAAGGGAGCUGAUAAUACCUAAAUGAUCAGGGGAAAAACUAAGUAACAUCAUAUAAUGGUAGAAUCGCUGUGCUGCUUUUUGAAAAUUUUGAUAAUUACUCAACAUUUCGCCUUCUCUCAACCACAGUGGACCAACCACUUUCUUGUUUCUGUGAAUGGUGACAAACCCGAUGCAGUUAGACUAGCAAAUAAAUAUGGCUUCCGUGUUUUAUAUGGGAUCCUACCGAAAAGUUACAUCUUUACAAGAAAAAACGAAACCGUUGGAAGCCAUAGCCGUGAUUGGAGGAGAUCUAUUUCUCUUAUCGCAAGAGAACACAGGGUCAUACACUUUGAACAACAACGAUACAACAUCAGAGUAUUAAGGAAUACAUCUCCCACGUUUAAUGAUCCUAAAUGGGGAGACAUGUGGUAUUUCAAUAUGAACACAACUGAGGUAAUUCCCGAUCAAGGUGUAUUAUCGUCAUGGUCUCAAAAUUAUACAGGAACAGGGAUCGUGAUUGGGAUUGUGGACAAUGGUGUAGAAAUAAAUCACCCAGACUUGUUGAUAAAUCAGAUAUCAGCCUAUGGUUUCAAUUUCGUAGAUGGUUCUUCAAAUCCGUCUCCAGAUGCCGGUGCUAGUCACGGAACUAAAUGUGCUGGCAUUGUAGCAGCUGUGAGUAACAAUGAUGAAUGUAUUCUUGGAACAGCGUACGAUGCAAAAUUUGUCGCUUUAAGGAUGAUGGAUAAUAUAGGAUCAACAUCUGCUUGGGAAGCUGCAGCCCUGACGCACAGAACAAAUCAGAUUGACAUAUAUUCUAACAGCUGGGGUGUUAUUGAUAGGCAGGGUUUUCAUGGUCCUGACCCAAGUGUCCAAACAGCAAUAGAGAAUGGAAUUAGACAGGGUCGAAAUGGCAAAGGAUCAAUCUAUGUUUGGGCGGCUGGAAAUGGAGGACCAGAUGACAAUUGUAAUUGCGAUGGUUAUGCUAACAACAUAUAUACCAUUGCAAUAUCGGGAAUAGGCUAUGAUUUGUAUUCAGCUCACUACUCCGAAAGAUGCAGCGUCAUCAUGGCGUGUACCUAUGGAUCUGAUGAUCUUGAAUACUUUGUCGAAACGACAGAUCUAAAUGCACAAUGUGGUCGAUUUACUGGUACAUCCGCCACUGCACCAAUUGCAGCAGGGAUUCUAGCAUUGACACUUCAAGCAAACACGAACUUGACAUGGAGAGACAUGCAACACCUGAUUGUUAAGACUUCAAAGCGUCACAAUCUCAAAGGUGGAAUAUGGAAAACAAAUGCAGCUGGCAAACAGUAUCACGACUUUUUUGGGUUUGGCCUUCUCGAUGCAAGUGCAUUGAUCACGGAUGCGAAACAAUGGAUUGGACUUCCUUCUUUCAGAGUGUGUUCAUCGGAUGUAAAAACUGUCAAUAUCAAACAAGUAAAACAUUUACAGAACCACCUGCAAAAAAGGAAUGUCAACAGUUUGAAUUCUGCAGAAGACAUAAUCACAUCUGAUGGAUGCAAUGCAUCGGGUAGCAAUAACGUUAAUUAUGUGGAGCACAUACAAGUUUUUAUUAAAUUCAGUGCAAAUUUACAUAGAGACGUUUUGAUUAGUAUCAUAUCUCCAGCAAAUACAGAAAGUCAGUUACUCUCUGCACGACCAUAUGACACCGGAAGUGGUCAACAAGCAUGGACAUUUUCUUCCGUUCAUUUCUGGGGCGAGAUGUCGUUAGGAAAUUGGACAAUUCGAAUGUCAAUUCCAAUAAAUACAAACCAAGGACGUUUAUUAACAUGGCAAUUACGCCUUUAUGGUACGUCAAUUCACCCUUCGCUGGGCCCGGAAAAUGAAACUGUUGAUGUAAUUAAACCAGUAACUCGAGGAUAUGUUGAUUCCAAAUCGGACGGCAAAAAUGAAUUAAUAAUUUCAAUAACUGUACCUGUAGUGGUAUGUUUAAUAGUUUCACCAUUUAUAGUUCUCAUUAUAUACAGAAAGUUUAAGAAAAAGCAAGGAAGUAUCUCGGACAUGUCUCCUAAUCCUAUCAAGUCAAUUCAAAGUUGAUUCAAUUGUGUUGCAUAUCAAACCUGGACGCAUUUUGAAAAUGAUUGUGUUACAAUUGCAUCAUUCUGCUUGCACGAUUUGUUGACGAAUUCAAGAAAUAUGAUAUAAUGUAUAUAUGUAGAAAUUAUGGACGUAUUACCUUGCGAACGAAAAUAAGUUUUAGAAUUUGAAAACUCGAUGGUCAUGUUACUUAAUAUUAUUUUAUUUCAUCUAUACAUAUAAUAAAUUACCUAUCUUUAUAGUCUGCUUGGCUAUGCACUUUAUAAAUUAAAAUUAUAAAGUAAUUCUAUCGCCAUAUCAGUUAUUUAUUUAGAUUUAUGCAUGAUAGUAACAUACAUUUUUUUGGAGUGUUUUCCGGUCGUUAUUGUAAAAAAUCUUGUUAACCAUAACAUAUUUCAAAAGUCUAAGUUGCAUGUGCAUGUAUGUGUAUUUCAAUAAUCAAUGCUUUGUUUCAUAAUACGAAAUCCAAAAAGUUCUGUUUUCAUUGAUUUCUAUUAUAAGUUUAUUAUGCGAUAGAUUCCCUUUAUUUAUCAGAAAUUUUGUAUCAUUUUGUAAAGAAGCCAUUUCAUAUGUUUUCUUUAUUAAUAUUAUGAUAUCUUUACAGCCAAGUUCUUAUGAAAUUGUGAUAUUCCUAUUUAAGGAAACUGCUAAUUCAUUAUGUUGAUUUAUGAUUCUCUUUAUGUAUAUCUCGCAUCUUAAAAUGUGCGAAUACCUAUAUCUUUAUUUGAUAAUGUAUUAGUUGUAACUCUAAUAAAUAUAUAUAACUACA